AUGGCUAUGCUCGCUGCCAUAUACUCCGUAUUUAUAGUCACAUUGAAAUAUGACUUAUCCCUCAUCAGAAUGACUGCAAAAGACUCUAUUAAAGUAGGUCUUGUUGCGUCCUUUUUACCUUCUGUGGUCACCUUAAGCCUCCUCUACCUGCUAGGCAGCGCCAUUCAUGGAUUCCCUAACAGUCCCAUGGGAAAAUACUUCAAGUACUUUAUGACUGUUUUUAUAUCUUUCUCCUUUUUUCCGGUCAUAGCUCAGGCCCUGGAUGAUCUCAACCUUAUGACUUCUGAGUUGGGCCAAUUCGCCAUGUCCACCGCCAUUGUCAACGAUGUGAUCCAAUGGACCUUAACAACAUUUUAUCUCAUAAUGAUGCAACAAAAUAUAUCAAGCCAUGGAGUUCAGGGUUUUCUUACCUUCUUGGCAUUGAUAAUCUUUGCAGUCUAUAUCAUACGCCCCAUUAUCCUGUGGAUUAUCAGCAAUACCCCAGACGGAGAGGAAGUAAAGGAAGUUUACGUAGUUGCGAUACAACUUGGGGUUUUAGUCAUGGCAUUUAUCUGUGACUCCUUAGGCGCAACGGCUACUAUGGGUGCUGUAAUUCUAGGGUUAGUCAUACCAGAAGGACCUCCUCUUGGAACAACAUUAGUCCACAAGACUGAAACCUUGGUCUCCGAAUUUCUUCUGCCAAUGUUCUUUUUUCGCAUUGGCUACAGUGUAGAUGUGUAUUCGAUUAGUGAUUGGGUGAGAUUUUCUCAACUUCAGAUUCUUAUUACCGUGUCGUAUUUUACGAAGAUUGUGGGAAUUACGGCAGCUGCAUUGUGGUGCAAAUUUGGGUUGAAGAAUAGUUUAAUGCUUAGCAUGGCGAUGAGUACCAAGGGUAUAAUUGAGACUACCCUUUUAAAUCGAUGGAGGAACUCGAAGGCCAUUGAUGAUCAAACUUUUCUUCAAAUUGUGUUGUCGAUGUUGGGGAUAACCAUGGUCGUAACACCAUUGCUACGAUUCUCAUACAAUCCUCAAAUCCGGUUAGGAGCAUCAACCGAAUCUUUUCGCCUCAGAACUGUGUUUUUCAUUGGCGGGCCAGACGAUCGCGAGGCAUUGGCCUACGCAGAACGAAUGUUAGGCAACUUGGACGUGCAAAUGACGGUGUUGAGGAUCAUCUUGCGAAAUAAACUAAAAGCAGGCAACCAAGAGGAGCGGAUAGAGGCCAAGCUUGACGAGUCGUUGGUUGAAGAUUUUAGGCUACGAAACAGGGGGAAUAAUCGCUUGAGUUGGCUUGACAUUGAGGUGGAAGACAGCGUGCAGGUUAUGAGGUCCAUUAAAAAUAUGGAGGGCGAUUAUGACCUUGUGAUGGUAGGGAGAAGGCAUGCGGAAAUCUCAUUGAGGGACGAAGAAAUGGUGGAAUUCGUGGAGCACGCGGAGCUGGGAGUGAUUGGAGACAUGCUAGCUUCUUCAGAUUUCUGUGGUGGAAUGGUGAAUGUGUUGGUUAUGCAAGAGAGCAGGGAGUUAGGUUGUGGGGCUUUUCAUAGGGACUGGGCAAAGGUUUCAAAGAAAGAAUCAAGCUUCAUCGCUAUUCACUAA